GUCCACAGAAAGACAGGCCAAGUAAAGGGAAGGGAACUUUGCACGCUGACCUCGCUUCCUCUCCUCCAGCAACUUGGUAUCAAGUGCGCCUCAAGGAAAUUUCAAACAAAGAAGGGGAAAAGCCGUAAAGUACCAGCUCCCAUUUCAAAAACUGAACUCUUUUUUCAGGUUGUCAUAGAUCCCUCGAUAAUUCGACAAAACUACUUCAAAUCGUGGUUCCUUAUCGAUCUCUUAUCGUGCCUGCCUUACGAUAUAUUUUAUAUGUUCAAACGUGAUGACGAGAGGAUCGGUAGCCUAUUUUCGGCAUUAAAAGUCGUCCGAUUGUUACGAUUGGGACGAGUAGCACGGAAAUUGGACAACUAUCUAGAAUACGGAGCAGCAACACUUUUAUUGUUGCUGUGUGCGUAUGUUUUGGUAGCUCAUUGGUUGGCGUGUAUAUGGUUCAGCAUAGGAGAGUAUGAAGUUCGAAUCAAGAUGGAUAAUCCACUGUUGCCGGAUGGUUGGCUGUUCCGAUUAGCGAACGACCUCAAAUCACCAUAUAAUAUCAACCUAUCAAAUAGGACACGGUUGGUUGGAGGGCCAUCAAGGACGAGCUCAUAUAUAUCAUCUCUAUAUUUCACUAUGAGUUGUAUGUCAACAGUCGGUUUUGGUAACAUUGCCAGUACAACGGACAACGAAAAGGUGUUUGGAGUCUGCAUGAUGAUCAUCUCGGCUUUGCUUUACGCUGCCAUUUUUGGUCAUAUGACGACGAUUAUUCAACAGAUGACCUCGGCAACUGUUAGGUACCACGAUAUGAUCAGCAACGUUCGAGAGUUCAUCAAACUUCAAGAAGUUCCCAAAGAACUUGCCGAACGUGUCAUGGACUAUGUGGUAUCAACGUGGGCUAUGACGAAAGGCAUCGACACGCAGAAGGUACUCGGCUACUGUCCGAAAGAUAUGAAGGCUGAUAUCUGUGUACAUCUGAAUCGAAAAGUGUUCAAUGAGCAUUCAUGUUUCCGUUUGGCAUCCGAUGGCUGUCUUCGUUCGCUGGCUAUGUAUCUUGAGUCCAAUCAUGCUGCCCCUGGUGAUCUCCUCUAUCAUACCGGUGAAUCUGUGGAUGCAUUGUGGUUCGUCGUCAGUGGAUCGUUGGAGGUGAUUCAAGACGAGGAAGUAGUCGCUAUUUUAGGUAAAGGUGAUGUGUUUGGCGACGAAUUCUGGAAAAACAACGGUUCAACGGGUCAGUCAGCAGCUAAUGUGCGGGCGCUCACUUAUACCGAUUUGCAUAUGAUCAAAAAGGAUAAGUUGAUGGAGGUAUUGAAUUUCUACAAAGCGUUCGCCAAUUCGUUUGCCAGAAAUCUCGUCCUCACCUACAAUUUGACGCAUCGUUUGAAAUUCCGGAAGGUGGUCGACGUGAAACGAGAAAAAGAACUCGACGCGCGGCGGAAGAAUGAAAAGCUCACGUUGCCACCCGAUCAUCCUGUACGGAAACUGCUCUUCCGAAUGCGAGAACGUCAUGGACCACGAAUAUUCCCUAGUCCGAUGUUCGCUGAUAUAGAGAAGGGCAUGAAAAAGCAUCCAACAACAACGGAGAUGAAUCGAGUUUCAUCAGUACAUUCGAUGGUCGACGAAACGUCCAAUUUGCUCUCAUCAAGUUAUCCGUCUCGAUCACCGCGGAAUGGCCAGAAAAACAAGCGACCGCCGUUGCUCAAGCGCCAGACUGUUGACGAAGAUGCAUUCUCCCGAACGAGUUGGGGAGGUUCGCCUGGGGACUUAAAGCAUAAGGAUAAGGAUUGGGUUUCGUUGAAUAACAUUCGAUCAGAGAUGAGGUCCAAAUUCGAGGUGAUUCACGAUCGUCUCGGGAUGGUCGACCAGAUCAAUUCACGCCUCCAAAAUAUGGAACGGUUACUGAUCAUAGGAGACAAUGGGUGUCACACACCAUCAACAAUGCCGGCCACUUCUAUGAUGGUUUUGAACGAGACAAGUGGUAGUCAUCUGGAAAGUCCUGGCAAUUUUGUGGCACGAAGUGUAUCAUGGAAUCAGGAUGAGACUUGGAGGCCAGUACCUCCACUGGACGAACUGAAGAACGUCGAAUGGAACAGUGACGACAGUCCAUCUGGUGUACCGGUGAUUCAAGUCGACGAUGACACCAUCCAUCGUGCACCCGAUCGGCGGCGGAUCUAG